AUGAGUGAGAUGGUUGAGAAAAGACUAGGUGGUGGCAUGUUAGAUAUGGAAAAAGGAAAAGGACUCCUAAGGUCUUCUGGAGAGCCACAGCAGAAGUUAAUUGAUGAGACAGUUCUAGAGCCAUCUGUGGUGAUUGAACAAGGUGCUGAUUUGUUAAAACAAUCUUUGGAAAGCUAUUUGAAAAAGAACGAAGAAGUUGCAGCACAACAAGCUCAAGGAACAAGUGUUCAUGCUGAAAAAGUUACAAGGGUUCAACCAGAAAUAGAAACUUUAAGGAGUUCAAGUGAUGGAGAUUCUGAAGCUACUCAAUCUGAAUCUGAAUUAAUUCUUGAAACUGUUGGUAAAGGGAAAGUUCAGUUGAAGAAAAGACCGUCAAAGAAACAAAAGGGUUCAGAUGAAGAAGAUUCUCCUUACGAUCCUGAAAAGUCAAAGAGACAGAGAAAGAAACGAAAGGCAGCUCCAGUUGGUGUAAUUCCUAGAAAUGUUAGAUCAAAGAAAUCAGGAGCUGAGUCACAAAAAGAUAUAGAAGGAAAGGCAGCCCAACAUGUUCAGAAAGAAAAAUCACCAAGUGUUGAUGUUCCAAAAGAACCGGAGGUGAAAACAAAAGAAGUUCCAGUUGUGGAAACAGAAAAGAAGACAAGUGAUGAUGAUUAUGUAGAAAUCACUGGAUACAGAGCUGCUAGUCCAAAACCUGCUCAACAAGAGAUUCCUCAGUCAUCACAACAGAAAGUAGAAGACUUUAACUUUGAUUUUGAUAAUAUUGGUUCGGCUACUGGUAUUUUCUCUGAAGAUAUGCCUGAAGAUGAAAGUGAUAUGUUCAAUGAUCAGGCGGUUAAAGAUCUAACUAAGAAAGUUAAAGAACUGGAAAAAGAGAAAGCAAAAUCUGAGGAAGAACGUAAUAUGCUAAGAAGUCAAAUUGAUGAAUUGAUGGAAGCUCACGAUAAAAUAGUUGCAGCAUUGGUUGAAAAGGAGAAAAGAAUGAAUCAAAUGAAGGAUGAGGCCGAGGGUAAUUCUAAAGUGUUUGAGUCAUUAACACAAGAGAUAUCUUCUUUGAAUGCCAAGAUAAAGGAUCUGGAGAAUGUGAAUCAAACGUUAAAUCAGCUUCUUAAUGAGAUGAGUGAAGUUUCGUCUAAUGAAAUGAAGGCAAUGAAAUUAGAGAUGGAGGCUAUGAAAGCUGAUAAAGUAAUGAAAGAUCAACAACUUCAGAUGCUGGUUGCUGUGGUUGAAAGUCAUUUAAAGAUGAACAUUCAUGCUGCGUUUGAUGAAAUUGAUGUGAUGAGAGCUAAUGAAAGAAGAUUGGAACGUGAACGUCAAAUGGCUGAAGAAGCAAAUCUAAAGAACAAAGGAAUAGUUGAAGAGGUUGAGAUAGUCGAUGCAUCUUCAAGUCAACCAGAGGUUGGAGGUUCUUCUUCACAACCUGAUGUUGAAAUGAUUGAAGAGGUUGAGGUUCAAGAACAAGAAGUUGUUGAAGAUGAUCAAGAGAUGGUUGAAGCUGAAGCUGAAGAGCCUCAUGAACCAGAAUACUUGAUUGUUGGUGAGCCUAUUGAGCCUAUUAUUGCUGAAAAUGUCCUUCGAAGAGUUGAAAUUAUUCAAAGAAGAAGAAGAGAAAGGGAAGUGCUACUGCUGGAGUAUACAACUGACAAAUUUGUGUUAGUUGCAAUGCUUACCCUGUGCCAUAUAAUUCAAAAGAAGUGGCAAACUGAUGAUAAGUCUGAUAAAGAUGACAAAGGCGAUGAUGACAAUGAUCAAGGUGCUUCGGGUUUAUUAAUCAGUGAACCAAGUGUUCAAGAAAGAGUGGAUGAGCUGAUGAAUAAUGAAAUAAACGAGCAGGAGGAUGAAGUUGAUUAUGAAGCAUCGUCAUCUGGAAAACAACCUGUUGAUCAGGUACUUCUUUCUAACCCUACUGUCAUUUACUUAUCUGGUAAACAACAAGGAGAGGUAGAGGUUAAAAGAACACGGGCUGAAAUGUUAGAGGAAUUUGGUUUGGAAGAUGGAAAAUUUAAAUUUGAUAUCGAAGAUGAAAUUCCUCACUCACCUGCAAAAGAUUUCGAGCCUAGAUACCCUCAUGAAGCUGAUCAUUAUGAUGAAGUGAUUGUUGAAAGCGCAUCUGAUUCCGAAGAAGAUAAGGUGGAUUUUCAUUAUGAAGGUGAAGAUGUUGCAUUCCCUACUUUCACAGAGUUGUUUCAAGAAAAGAAUGAAGAUGAGUUGAGAAGAAAGAUUGAAGAAAGGACCACUGGAGAAGGACGAAGAAUAAGUAUUUUGGAUCCUAUGUGGUUGGUCAACUGUUCGAAGAAAGAUAUAGAUUGUCUGUUUGUCAACAAGAUAAUCUAUGAUAAGAAAGACAAAGAGAUAGCUAUGCAGUAUCAAGGUGUGAUAGAUGUUUGCUUCGCAAAAGAAAUCAAUUCAGGGAAAAAUUGGAAGAUGAAAUGGAGAGAUCUUGAAGUUGAUGAAUUUCUAAAGGUGUACAAGCGAAGUCAAAGACAGAAAGAGAUGCUAGAAAAGCUGCAGAGAGGGGAAGAAGAAAUCUUGGGUAUGUGCCGCCUACAGAUCAAACGCCUAUUGAACCUGAAGAGAACAAAAUUCCAAAGUGGGAUCGAAAAGCGUGAAUGGCGACCCAGAAUACCGAAAGUGGUGGAUAAAUGA